AUGGGUCAUGAUUGCGAUAAACAUGUAACUGAAUGUUUGGCAGAUUUGAUAGGCAAUACACCUCUUCUCAAAAUACGCUCACUUUCCGAGGCUACGGGCUGUGAGAUAUAUGCAAAAAUGGAACUAUGCAAUCCAGGGGGGUCGGCGAAAGAUAGAGUUGCUCUGGCGAUUAUUAAGGACUUUGAAAAUAGAAAUUUGAUUAAACCCAACAGGGGCGAUGUCAUUUUUGAAGGGACUUCAGGGUCUACGGGCAUUUCAAUAGCUAUGCUUUGCAAGUCUUUGGGCUACACAGCACAUAUAUGCCUGCCUGAUGACACUUCGGAUGAGAAAGUGAAUCUCCUACGAAUGUAUGGAGCUGUUAUUGAAAAAGUGAAACCAGCAUCCAUUGUCGACCCAAAUCAAUAUGUAAAUGCAGCCAAAAGUGGAGCCGAUAAAAUUGCUAGUGAUUCCGGUUCCGAUAAUAACGCUGUGUUUGCAGACCAAUUCGAGAACGAGUGCAACUGGAAAGUUCACUAUGAAACUACCGCAAAAGAGAUAUGGGAGCAAACAGGUGGAAAGUUAAAUUUUUUCGUUUCAGGCGCAGGAACGGGUGGCACAAUUGCAGGCUGUUCGAUAUUCUUCAAACAGAAGAAUGCCGCAAUUAAGACAAUCUUGGCGGACCCUCAAGGAUCCGGCCUUUACAAUAGAGUUCAGUAUGGUAUAAUGUAUGACACAGUCGAGAAAGAAGGAACCAGAAGAAGGCAUCAAGUUGACACUCUAGUGGAAGGAAUUGGAUUGAACAGAAUUACUAAUAAUUUCUCACGGGGAGAGAUGUAUAUUGAUGCGGCGGAAAAAGUCAGCGACAAACAGGCUCUUUUGAUGGCUCGAUAUCUCAACGAGAAUGAGGGGCUUUUUCUUGGAUCGAGUUCUUGCGUGAAUGCGGUAGCUUCUGCUAGGGUAGCUUUUACGAAGGCCAAAAAAGGCGAUACCAUAGUUUUUAUUGCUUGCGACUCAGGAAGCAGACAUUUGUCCAAAUUUUGGAAAGAAGCUCUCAAAUUUGAUGCCCCUUCAGACCUGAAGGGUCUUCUAAAUACUUAG